AUGUUUCUCCCUAGAGAACUCUGGCUACAGAUCCAUCCCCUUCUAGAUGGACCAUCGUUCCAGGCUCUUGCCCAGACGUGCAAAUGGCAAUGGCAACAAUACAAACAAGUCGAGGAAGACUUCUUCAGGGUGAUGAAUAUGAUCCCGGCUGUCCACACGUUGGCCAACCCUCCUAAAUCAUACGACCCGGACUUUUGGCGCGGUUGGUUUGGCAGUUACUUCAUGAAAAUUCUGGAGCCCAGUGGAGAUGCGGUACCCUUCACUAUCCACUUUGAUGCACCCUCCAAAGACGAUAUUGCUUCAUUGUCUUCCCAGCUAAACAAAAAGGUACAUUUCAACUUCCAGAAUCGCCCGAAACUACGUUACAUUGUCGACUUUGAGCACUGGAACGUGUCUGCGGUGGAGCUCGGAGAUCACGUGCGAAACACCAACAGAAACAGCGAACAUCGACUCGUACUGGACCACAUAUCCAACCAACUGGACGAAGUAUGCAUCGAAAACGAUGGGCAAGGCCUGAAGGUUGUCUGGAAGAAACCCAACCCCAAAGACAACCUCAGUAUCGAAACGCCCGUUGUGCCACCUCUUUUGGAUGGUAUUUUUACCUGCUGGUUAUCAGAUAGACCCAAGUCUGUCCAUGACAUCUUCUUCUAUGCCCAGAGUGACUUUUUUGACAACACUCUUGUCUACUACGUCGACUGGAGGACUUUAUCGCUUAUCCCUGUGUCCAAACAGUGCUACCCAUUCGACUCGCACCCUAUGGCGAUGAAAAAUAGCCUCUAUUCAGGAAUCUGCAAUGGCAAUUUUCUCUAUUUUACCCAGGAUACCAUUUACAUUCGAAAUAUCCUUUCCGAUAGCCUCAUGUUGCUGAGUUGUCGAGAACCCCAGCUUAUCCACUACGAUAACAGAUACUUUAUCUACAUUGAUGACAAUGGCGAGUAUGUUGUUGACGUACUACGGGGUAAGGUGAACACUCUUACUCCGCGAAACAUUCUCAAAGCUAUCCCUUCCAUUCAUAUGGUCUCUAUCACUGAAGAGAAGGGAGUGGAAUGCUGGAUACCCGGAUGGGCUAGUCUCGGACAACUUAAGGCUGGAGAGAGCAAGGCCAUGACUGCGGGUUUUGCCUAUGGAUGCAUUGAGAAUGGAGAAGUGAUUUUUCGUCGUGACAUGACGUGA